AUGCCGUUCUGGCGCAAGAGGCCGCAAUGGCCACCUUUGCCGUCUGUAGAAGACGAAGUGGAAUCGCUCGCCCGUGAAUGGCACGGACUGUCCAGCCUUGGAGACAUGCCCGGGAUCGAAGGAGUAUGCGCCAGAGGAACCGUUGAUCAAUACCCCGUGAUUAUGGAUGUUUUUUCUAAUGUUGAAACCACCAUUGUGGAGGAGUUCUGCCGAGAAAUCAAUUCGUCGGAUGACAGUACCGGGCCCCCAACGCCGCCCGGCGAUGCUCACCUAGGGAAGGGUCCUCUGAGGAAAUUCUCCGUUCCUAUGCCAUUCACAUCGCAAAAGGUUCUUCCUCAGGGCCAGACAUCCGGGAGACCUUCACAAUCAGGACAGGACCUUAAGAGCAAUGUUCCCGGGAAGGGAUCGAGAUCAGCUUUCCACCAACUAGAUUCCAGCCCCAGGAGCUCUCGAACCCAGAAUGACAACUUUCCUGCAAAAUCCAAGGAUGUUCCUCUUCCAGAUUCUCGGAAGGCAAUUUCCCGGGCACACACUCAAAACGGACUGCAAUAUAACUCCGCUUCGUCUUCUGUUCCCAGACGUUCCGAGAGUGUGAAGUCAGGGCGACCCUUGAAGUGCUCGGCCACCGACACCCAACAGCAGACUUCUGCCUCUGGUUACCUCUCUGACACAGCUACAGUCAAGCACAAGGCCAAGGGUGACCGUCCAGAGCCCAUUCAGCCCCCCCCCCCAAAACCAAAAGACUUCGCAGAAUUCUCCCAACACGCCCACCUUGGCUGA